CUCGUGCAGUGCGCGUUGUUGUCCCGUGUUCCUCUAGAUGGUUGAUCACGUGGGAAACAUUGCGCCGAGUAUUCGCGAUUCAGUGGCGGAGAAGGGCCGAGGGAAAGGGAAUAAAUGUGUGCGAGUCCGUAAUGGACAACCCUAGCGGCGGAAGAGACAGUCGGUACGCAAGUCUUGGCUACAGCAUGGGGAUGAUAGGCAGCGACGCUAGCUCGGAAAUGUACGGCCGACCGUCCACCUCCCAGCUUACAACUUCUCAAAUAAGCCGCGGUGGCGCCACCAUGAUGGCCGCGGCAGCCGCUGCAGGCGCACCGAACGCCGGCGUGGGAUCUGUACAGAGAGGUAUCAAGAGGAGCACAACGGAUGUCUGUUACGAUGACAGUAAUGCACGGCAGGCUCUUUCGCAACAGCAAGGCAUGUCAAUGUCCGCAGAGUGUGUCCCAGACAAUCUCGAGGAAUCGUUCACCAGUUUGGGCCAGCCGAAAAAGUCACCCCCCUCGAACGGCAAGAAGACCAAAGGACGGGUCAAGAUUAAAAUGGAGUACAUCGACAAUAAACUACGGAGGUAUACCACUUUCUCCAAGAGGAAAACCGGAAUUAUGAAGAAGGCGUAUGAACUGUCGACGCUGACAGGUACACAGGUGAUGCUGCUGGUAGCAAGCGAGACCGGGCAUGUGUACACGUUCGCGACACGAAAGCUGCAGCCGAUGAUAACGAGCGAGGCUGGGAAGGCGCUGAUCCAGACCUGUCUGAACAGCCCAGACCCGCCCACCUCCGGUUCCUCCGGCGACCAGAGGAUGUCUGCAACCGGCUUCGAGGAGACAGAACUGACCUACAACAUAGCCGACGACGAGCAGAAAGAAGACGGCACUUCACCUAGGUCGGACGUGUGCGCCAAUGAAAGCGACGGAGACACCAGCGACGGCGAUUCUCCCGUGUCUAAGGAUCUCUCGAAAAAUCACUCGGGUAUAAUGUACCAGAUGCCACAGACAGUAAUAUACUCACCUAGUCCAGGAGUUCUGCUUGGUAUCGGGCAAAACGGUCAGCCAGUGCAAAUCUCUCAAGAAGGAGGCACGGUUGCCCCGGUAAACUCCACGCAGAAUAAUCAACCGUUCAUCACGAUACCGCUGAACGUCGCGAUGAGCGCCGCCGGCUUGUCGCUUCCGGUUACCUCCAGGAUGAAUCUGUCGCCGUCGCCUCGAUCGCCGACGACAACAAUCACGUCGAGCUGCGAGCUUCCAUCAGAUCUGAGCAAAGAUCGUGAGUGAUAUAUCGCAGCUCGUGCUUCAAUUAAGAAAAUCCUCCCCCAACUGUCGCUCGCCGAUGCAACAAAGGGUAAAGAAACUC